AUGGCUAGGCUUAGAUUGGCUGCUUGGCUCCACCCCACUUCACCCGUGGCAACUUCUUCAAAUACGGAGCAUAAAAGACAGAACCUUAAGCACACGCUUGAGCUGCCAACAGUUACAAGCUUUCCAAGAAAGAGCACUCCUCCCACGAUGGCGUCGUCAAAGAUGAUUGCGCUCGCGCAAAAAAUUGCCUCUGAAACGGAGAAAGUCGAGGCCUACUUCAAAAAUAAUGACCUUCUAACUCCAAGCUUCGAUGCAGAUGCGCCCAAUGACUUUCCUAUUAUGCCGGAUGACGUUUCCAGAAGCCGUAGAGAAGUCAUUCACGCUACCCAAGAGCUGCAUGAUCUCAUGGUUGGACCCCGCGAAUCGGUUCGAUGGAUGGCUUGGGAUUUUCUGAGCACCCAGAGCCUACAGCUUAUCAGCAAUUUUGGGCUCGCAACACUUGUGCCCCUUGAUGGUUCUAUCACGCUCUCAGAGCUCCAGGCCAAAACCUCUCUUGACCCGAUCAACCUCGCCCGCUUGCUACGACAUGCUAUGACAAAUCAUGUAUUCCAGGAACUAAAGCCAGGCGUAAUUGCGCAUACAGCCGCGUCAAGACUACUAGCCGAGGAUCAAGAUCUCCAGGCUUGGGUCAUAUUCAAUACAGAAGAUGUUUAUCAAGCAUCCGCCCAAGUGGUCAAAGCUCUAAGAGCGUACCCCGAAGCGACGAGUCUUACCCGCACCGGGUUCAACUUCGCCUUCGAUACAGUUGACCUAGAGCCUAUUUUCGUCACAAUGGGAAAAGAACCCAGGCGCGCCGAGCGCAUGGCACGAGCUAUGAACAGUCUCACAGGAGGUGAGGGAUACGAACUAUGGUACCUAUCAGAGGGCUGCGAUCUGAGGGACGUGGACAUCCGCGGCGGAACUCUGGUCGAUAUCGGAGGUAGUCAUGGUUUCGUGGAUGUGCAUCUGGCUAAGAUGUACAAGAAUAUCAAGUUUGUGGUACAGGACCUCCCCAGUACCGUCGCCAGCGCGCCGAAGCCCAUAUGCGCAGACGUUAAGAUCGCUAAGCGCAUUCAAUUCCAGGCGCAUGACUUCUUCACAGAACAACCCAUCCAUGGAGCCGAUGUGUAUUUCUUCCGUUGGAUCAUGCACAAUUAUUCGACACCCUAUGCUGUCCAGAUCCUCCGUAAUCUGAUUCCGGCACUAAAACCCGGCGCUCGAAUCAUCAUCAACGACCACUGCCUUCGAGAGCCUGGCACCGAAAACCCCUGGGAUGAGCGCCUAAUAAGAAGCAUGGACCUCGUCAUGAUGAGCUUGCUGAAUGCACAGGAGCGUGGAGAAGAAGACUUCAAACAGCUGUUCGAGAUGGCUGGAGAUGGUUUCGUCUUCAAGGGCGUCACUAGACCAAAGGGUUGCCGCAUGAGCAUCAUCGAGGCAGUGUGGCAGCCAGAUGAAGUGGACCAGGCCUUGGCUAUAGAGAGUCUGUCUGGACUUACACUUACGUAG